AUAGCAAACACAAGAGUCGUUGAUUGAGAUUUAAAGUAGAGCGAGAUUAGAAGCAAGCGGCGGCGGACGAUGAUGAUGAUGAUGGGAAUAGAUGUAAAUCAUCAAACAGUAAAAGGCAACGGAAUAUCGAUGCACGUAGCUGAGAAAGGAUCUGGACCGUUGGUGCUACUCCUCCACGGCUUCCCGGAGACGUGGUUCUCUUGGCACCGUCAGAUCGACUUCCUCGCCGCUCACGGCUUCCACGCCGUCGCUCCCGAUCUGCGAGGCUUCGGCGACUCCGACGCCCCUCUCUCUCCUUCCUCCUACACUUGGUUCCACAUCACCGCCGAUCUCAUCUCCCUCCUCGACCACUUCUCCUCUCAACAGGCGUACGUCGUGGGGACGGACUGGGGAGCCGUCGCCGCCUGGCAUCUGGCCUUGCUCCGCCCCGAUCGAGUCAGAGGAAUCGUCGCUCUCUCCGUUCCCUUCGCUCCGCGCUUUACUGAUGUCAAACCGCUUGAAUCGAUGAGGCAGAUGUUUGGAGAUGAAUUCUACAUCUGCCAGUUCCAGGAAGCGGGGAGAGCGGAGAGGGCGCUGUCGAGGUACGAUUGCGCGACGGUGAUGAAGAAAUUCCUGCUAAUCAACAAGGCGGAGAUGCUAAUUGCGCCUCCUGGAAUGGAAAUCGUCGAUUACCUAGAGACGCCGGCGGUGACGCCGCCGUGGAUCACGGAGGAGGAGAUUCAGGUGUUUGCCGAUAAAUUCCAAGAGUCCGGGUUCACUGGCGGAUUCAACUAUUAUCGAGCCCUAGACUUGUGAGUCUGUGUUAGAGCAUCCGCAAUGGUCGGUAGGCCAGCCAUAGGC